ACAAGGUUGCCAAGAUACGAGAUCCAAACUUGAAAAUAUUUCUCGGCAAUGUCACCAACUCCAAGCUUCAUAGAAGCCACCAAGCCAACUGUGAUGAUGGAAAAUACUAACAAAAUAUUUUCCUUUGGCCCUGUGGACUAUAUUGUUUUCGCCAUUAUGUUAAUGGUAUCGGCAGGAAUUGGGGUCUAUUUUGGUUUCUUUUCGAAAUCGAAAAAUACCACCGAAGAAUAUUUAAUGGGUGGCAAGAAAAUGAAAACGCUACCCAUUGCCAUAUCGCUGGUGGCAAGUCAACUCUCCGGCAUUGCCAUUAUGUCAGUGCCCUCGGAAAACUAUUCCUUUGGCAUUGGAUAUAUGUUUAUGGUAUCAUCUGUGGUUCUGGUUAUUCCCAUUCUAAACUAUAUCAUUGUUCCGGUUUUCUACAACAACAACAUAACAAAUUGCUAUGAGUAUCUUCAGCUACGCUUCAAUAAAUGGACCCGAAAACUGAUAACUGGUACUUUUGUGGUCAGUGCCUUGCUGAUGUUGCCAGUGUUCAUGUUCGUGCCAUCACUGGCCUUUGCCCAGGUGACUGGCAUAAAUAUUCAUCUUAUCAAUACCAUUGUGUGUUCCAUCUGCAUAUUCUACACCAUGUUGGGCGGCAUCAAGGCCGUUGUCUGGACGGAUGUAGUACAAGCUGGAAUUAUGAUAACCUCCGUGGUGCUGGUGGCAUUUUUGGGUGUAAACAAAGUUGGUGGCCUGGGAAAAGUACUGGAUCUUGCCGAAGAGGGGGGUCGCUUGGAGCUAUACUUUGGCUUUGAUCCCCGUGUACGGAAUUCUGUGAUGGGCAUGGUUAGCGGUGGCGUGUGUCUGUGGAUCGGUCACAUUGGCCUGAAUCAGAGCUGUGUACAGCGCAUUGUCUCAUUGCCCAGUUUGGAGAACGCCAAGAGAUCUCUAAUUAUCACCGGCAUUGGCAUUCUCAUCAUCCUGCUGUUCAACUCGUUUACGGGUGUCAUUAUGUUUGCCCGCUAUGCUGGCUGUGAUCCCAUAUUGGCGGGCAUUGUUGAAAAGGCCGACAAAAUGGUCCCGUUCUUUGUCCAGGACAUUGUGGGUCAUUUGAGGGGCAUGCCGGGUAUCUUUAUCUCAUGUGUAUUUAGUGCCGCUCUUAGCACCAUGUCGGCCACACUUAACUCGUUGGCGGGUGUGGCAUAUUUCGAUUACAUCAAACCCUUCAUCCGACACACAGAUGCCCGAGCCAAUGCCAUAAUGAAAUUAUUUGUUGUUGCCAUGGGUUGUUAUUGUAUUGCUGGCGGUUUUCUAGUGGAACAAUUCAGUUCCAUCCUGCAGACAAUCUUGACGAUAAUUGCUCUCAACACCGGCGCUGUGGUUGGUGUGUUUACACUGGGUAUGCUAGUGCCCAGGGUUAAUGGAAAGGUGGCCAUCGCCUCCAUUGGUGUCAGUAUGGCAAUAAUGCUCUGGAUUAUUGGUAAUGCUCAAAUGCGUUUCAAAUCGGGUGCCAUCAAAUAUGAUCCCCUGCCGACGAGGAUCGAUGAAUGUGAAAACUACAAUUUUUAUGGAUUAAUACAAAAUCGCAGCACCACUCUUAGCAGCCUAGAAAACACCGCAACAUCCACCUCCGAACCGCCCCCACUGGUGACAACAGCCUUCGGCAGCAAUCGCCCAUUUUCGAUCUAUGAAAUAUCCUUCUAUUGGUAUCAGGUGAUUGGCACCCUCCUCGUUUGGUUAACAGCCAUACCGUUGAGUUAUGUUUGGAGCAAACCCCACGGGGAUGAGAAAUUGGAUCCGAAAUUAUUUUCCCCAAUUAUUGGCCGAUUCUUGGACCAACAACCAAGGGAAAUGGAAAGUAUGCCAUUGAAAACACCACAUCCAUCGUUGGCCGGUGAAAAUCUGAAAAUAACUUUCAGCCCAAAGGAAUAGAAUGCUUGUGGGGGCAGAAGAAAAAUAUAAAAAUAUAAAA